CACACAAACCAGCACACACCACUACAGCACUAGUUUCACUUCUUCCUCGGUCACUCUUGCAGGGCUCCACCAUGGCAGAGCGUAGGGGAAACUGGGACCAGGCAGAGGACGACCUGCCGGUUUAUCUCGCCCGACCCGGCACGGCCGACCAGGUGCCCCGGCAGAAAUACGGUGGCUUGUUUUGCAGCGUGGAGGGAGCAUUUGAAAGUAAAACCAUAGACUUUGAUGCACUGAGCGUCGGGCAGAGGGGCUCCCGCACCCCGAGGACAGCAAAACGGGAGACCGGUCUUGAGGCGAGGAGCCCGGCGAGUGACAACAGGAGCGCCUUGAAAAGUCCAGCUCCGAACAGGCGAGGAGGUUUCGACUCACCCCAAGUGGCUGUCAGGGCCAGCAGCGGUAAAGAAGUGUUGCAGAACCUGGGAGACGAAAAUAGCGACAGGCUUCUGAUCAAAGGUGGGCGGAUUGUGAAUGAUGAUCAGUCCUUCCAUGCUGAUAUCUACAUGGAGGAUGGCGUCAUUAAGCAGAUCGGCGACAACCUGAUCGUGCCCGGUGGGGUGAAGACCAUCGAGGCCAAUGGGAAGAUGGUGAUCCCCGGUGGCAUUGACAUCCACACCCACUUCCAGAUGCCGUACCGUGGAACAACAACCGUGGAUGACUUUGCUCAGGGAUCAAAGGCUGCUCUUGCUGGGGGCACCACCAUGAUCGUGGACCACGUGAUCCCAGAGGCAGGCAGCAGCCUGAUGGAGGCCUAUGACCAGUGGAGGCAGUGGGCUGAUGAGAAGACCUGUUGUGACUACUCCCUCAAUGUGGAUAUCACCCACUGGAAUGACAGCGUAAAGCAGGAGGUGGAUAACCUCAUCAAGGAUAAAGGAGUGAACUCUUUCCAGGUCUACAUGGCUUACAAGGACUACUACCAAAUGAGCAACAGUGAGCUCUAUGAGAUCUUUACCUUCUUGGCAGAGAGGGGAGGCAUCGCCCAGGUCCAUGCUGAGAAUGGCGAGAUCAUCGCUGAGGAGCAGGCCCGUAUGCUGCAGAUGGGUAUCACUGGACCAGAGGGACAUGUGCUGAGCAGACCAGAAGAGCUAGAGGCAGAGGCGGUGUUUCGUGCCAUCACCAUCGCCAGCCAAACCAACUGUCCUCUCUACGUGACCCGAGUCAUGAGCAAGAGUGCUGCCGACAUCAUCUCACUGGCAAGGAAGAAAGGAAAUGUUGUGUUUGGGGAGCCAAUCACAGCCAGCCUGGGGACUGAUGGGACACAUUAUUGGAGCAAGAAUUGGGCCAAGGCAGCUUCUUUUGUAACAUCACCUCCUCUCAGCCCUGAUCCAACCACUCCAGACUACCUGAACACACUGCUGUCCAGUGGAGACCUGAGUGUGACUGGCAGCGCUCACUGCACCUUCAGCGUGGCCCAGAAGGCCAUUGGCAAGGACGACUUCACUCAGAUCCCAGAGGGUGUCAACGGGGUGGAGGAGAGGAUGUCCCUCAUCUGGGAUAAAGCUGUGACUACAGGUAAAAUGGACGAGAACAUGUUCGUGGCGGUGACCAGCACCAAUGCAGCUAAGAUCCUGAACCUGUACCCACGUAAGGGUCGGAUCGCUGUUGGCUCCGAUGCUGACCUGGUCAUCUGGGACACAGACUCUAUCAGCACCAUCACUGCAAAGACACACAACUCGGCUGCUGAGUACAAUGUCUUUGAGGGCAUGGAGCUGCGCGGAGCCCCACUUGUGGUGAUUUGCCAGGGGAAGAUUGUUCUGGAAGAUGGGAACCUGCAUGUCAUCCCUGGCGUGGGCCGCUUCAUUCCCUGCUCACCCUUCCCUGACUAUGCCUACAAGCGUGUUAAAGCCAGGAAGCAGCUGGCAGUCCUGAGGGCAGUACCCAGGGGAAUGUAUGAUGGACCUGUGUCUGAAUUCUCAAUGUCCCGUGGCGGUACCCCUUCGGCCUCAGCACGUACCUCUCCCACCAAACAGCCCGUCAGAAACCUGCACCAGUCUGGAUUUAGUCUAGCAGGUCCCCCCACCCCAGAUGACAUCCCUAUCAGGCCUGCUGGCCGGCGUAUUGUAGUGCCCCCUGGCGGUCGUUCCAACAUCACUUCCCUCAGUUAAACAGCAGAGGACAAGGGGGGGGAUGCAUCCAGAAAACGACAAUAGAGUG